AUGGAUGGUUUCCAAACGAUCCUGAAAUUCUUCACGAACAAGAAAACUGCCAUAGGUUACAGUUUUAUGGCGCUGCUGACAAUGGGAGGUGAACGUGUGUUUUCUUUUGUUGCUUUCAGAUGCCCCUGCAGCAAUGAAAACUUCAGGUACAGUUUGGUAUUUCUUUUCUCCCCAGCUCUUGUUUUGCUAGUUAUUGGGUAUUUCCUGAACAGCAAGACCUGGAAACUAUUUACAGGCUGCUGGGUGAAUCCCAGAAAAAUAUUCCCCAGAGGGAAUACCUGUCAUUUCUUCUAUAUCUUUGGACAAAUCACUCUAAAUGCUCUGGUAGCCCCAGUGAUGUGGCUUUCUGUGGCUUUGCUCAACGGGACUUUUUAUCAAUGUGCCAUGAGCGGUUUGAAAAAUCCUGCCUACCUAAAUGCAGUUUGCCACAGCAAAUCAGCAAAGUGCAUUGAAGAGCUGCACAAGGUAGCCUGUGACAAAAGCUCCAUGCCCUUUUCAGAGAGUGAUGAACUGAAGCAAACUCUUCAAGCACAGUCCCAGAUUUUAGGUUGGUGUGUGAUAGUUACUGCAGCUCUUCUCUCUCUGCUAAUCACUUGCUGUGCCAGCUGCCAAUCCAAAGUCAGCCACCUCCAGCUGAUGUUCUGGAAGGUGUACAUGGAGAAGGAGAAGGAGCAACUGGAGCAGAUUUUCCAGCUCUAUGCCACCAAGCUAAGCGACAGAAACCUGAAGUGUUUUUUUGAGAACAAGGAACCAGAAGUGAUUCCUCUGCCAGCUUUUCAGGCAUGGGAAGAUGCUUCCCAACUCUACUCUUUUAACAGCAGCAAACAACAUUAUAGCACAAUUCACAGGCUAGUUGAAGAAGGCCAGAAAGAAACCAAUGAAGAAAGAGAGACGGCUCUGGAUGUGGUAGACAGAAAGGAAAUGCCAUAAAAUCAAAUACAUUUUCAGAUUUUUUUAUACCCUGGUAAUACAGCAUACUUCUAGUUGGUUUCAUCUCUAUACUUUUUGCUCAAUGGCCUCUUUCUUCUUCACAUUCUCUCUCAGUUACAAACUUUUUCCAAAAGGAUGGAAUGAAAUUAUUUCCCUACAUGGGUGAAAAUGCUGCGAGGGUAUCAUGUCCUUCAUGACACAUAGGGUUCAUGCUCUACUAAAGUUGCUGGCCCUGAAUCAAGAGCUGACAACAACAAGAUAUUAAUAACAACUUUUACAAGAGGCUUUUAACAAUAUACUACGUCAAAGGUGCUAUAGUAUGCUCGUCCUAUGUAAAUCAAGAGACUAUCAUAAAGGAACUCCACUUAAAAGGUGUGAGUAUACUAAUAGAACAAGUGUGUGGCUUUCUGACAGUCCAUAGAAAGGGAAGAUUUUUCUUCCAGGUCAUUUCCAGGCCAUUUGCAGGCACAUUAUUAUUUUGAGGAGCCAGUUGUCACUUAAGGCAUCUCAGUGUCUUUGGACUUUUGUUGCACCUAGAACACCAUGGAUAGUCACAGCAAUCAGACCUGGUCUUCUAGUCCCUGAGAUAUCUGCCUGGGACAUGGAGCAGUGACCUCCACUGACAAUGAGAUGCCAGGUAGUUUUUCAAACAGAUCUUACAGCCAAAGUGUAAAGAACCAAAAAUCUGAAAUUGCCAAAUGAUUCAGCAUUUCUGUGAUUUUGUUAAAAAAUAAAAUGUCUUUUCGAAAUUUAA